AUGUCCUUCAAAGAGAUGCGUCUUGCCUUUGAGAGAAGCAAGAAGGUUUACGAGAGGACGCUGCUCACUUUUAAAGGCGUUGACGGCUAUGACGUGUACAACUGCUCCGUCCUAUUUCAGUACAAGGGCAAGCACCACCUCUUUGGUCGCAUUGAACGGCGGGAGAAGUGGGCGGAUUCGCGGGUGCGCCUCUUUGUGGAGACGGGCAAGGAUGAGUUCACCCUCGUGCUGGACCAGCUCACGUACCACUUAGAGGACCCCUUCAUGUCAAAGGUGCACGACCGCAUGUUUUUCGGCGGAACUCAAGUCAUUAAGAGCGCUGGUGAUGUGACGGGCUACUACUCCGACUUUUAUUUUGGCAUGCCAGAGUUACUCACAUACUACACCAGUGGGCCUGAUCUUAUGAAGUCCAUUCGAAUUGUACAACUCGCCGACGGCACCAUUGGCAUCUUCUCCCAUCGAACGACGGAGAAUUCGUACGUGAUAGGCUUCACCACUGUUAACUCUCUUAAUGAGAUUACGCGCGAGGUGAUUGCCGCGGCGCAGCCCAUUAGCCACGCAUCAUUCCUGGACGCUUGGGGCGGCGUCAACCAGGCGUAUUUGCUCUCCAGCGGGAACGUAGGCUGCAUCUGUCAUCACGGCUACCUUGACAACGACGCGAACGGGGCGCAGCUUAACGUGUACUGCAUCACAUCCUUUGUCUACAACCCGAAAACGAACGAUACGCACGCAUUCCAGGUAAUCGGGACGAGGGGGUGCUUCCCUGACUGCUCAUCAAAGGCUCCACACCUUGCCGACUGCGCGUUCGCCUCCGGCAUUGUCAUGCGCGACGAUGGCAAGUGCGACCUGUACAGCGGCGUCGGCGACACCCACGAAGGCCGCAUCACCAUUGACUACCCGUUUGAUGGGUACGGUGCUAUAGUGAAUGACUUAGUGUUUUAA